AUGAACCUCGACCCUGUAUGGCCGCAAGCUCCUUGGAUGGAGGGACCUGUACAGACCAUAGAUAGACCUCUUCACUACAGGCCGCCGCUCCGUCUCGCACCACCGUUCUUACUUCAGGGUGGUAGGCAAGGAGGCGACCCGCCCGAUGAAGCUCUUCAAUAUGAUUGGGUGGGCGGACCUGAACCUGUGCCGGAGUUCUUUUCACGGGCAGCUACUGCCCGACCAAAUUCCAGGCGGCUUUACGACGAUGCCAGGGUGCUAGUGGACAAGUACGAAUCCGGGGGACGCCUACGCAUGCAUGGGCAGAUGUCCGACUUACAACGGGCCAUUGCGCUGCUCUACGAGCUAUUAAUUUUGAUACCCUACGACCGUGACCUGCCACCGCACAGUAUACACCACGCGCUUGGCGCAGCUCUUCUCAUGCGUUACAAGCACGAGAAUGGUGGCGACCGCGUUGACUUGACAAAUGCACUCUUCGAACUAGAGAAAGCGUUUGGUUCUGUGCGUCGCAACUUCAGUGACAGAGCCCCGUACUAUGCCGAUCUCGGCUGUGCUCUUCAGGCACAAUUUGAAUGCUCUUCGGACCUCGCACUUCUUGAGCGCGCUAUACAGUUGCAACGUUGUGCCAUCGAAAGCAGCUUCGGCGAGCAUCUCCGUCAAUGGUCGUUUCUUCGUGGUCUGGCACGUUCUCUGCUGUCGCGUUAUGAGAUCACCAGCGAUCUUCCGGACCUCGAGGAGGCAAUCACAUUACGCCGUCGCGCGUUCGACACGAUGCCUGAUGGCCACCCCUAUGGGUCGCAGCUGCGAGGUGAACUUGUGGCUGCGCUUCGUUGCCGCUACGAGCGCCUUGAGAACCUGGACGAUGUCGACAGUAUAAUCACUGUCUUGCGCGUCACACUCCAGGCAUUACCUGACCACGGAGAUAUCCUCGACGAAUUGAGCUACUAUCUCGAGAUCCGUUUCAAGCGCACAGAUAACCUGGACGAUCUAUGUGCCCUCCUGGGGACACUACAAGGCGUAGCCGAAUUCUUGCCCGGCGCUCAUCCCAAGAAGCCGCCAUCACUUGAUAAGCUGGACUGGUACCUGCAGCUUAUCUACCAGCGCCUUGGUAUACCGAUGAGCCUGGAGCAAGCACGCUCGGCGAGGCGACAUGCAGAGCUUUCUCGACAGGAAGUUGCACGAGUACACUCAGACAGACCGCCUUUGCCGACGAUGCGAGCCUCGGAGCUGCGCCACUUCUUACACCUGGAUGACCUACGAAGCGAGGUCAUGAAGAUGCCAGAGUUGGCUGUCGACAUUGUACCAGACGACCUCUCUGACGAGGCGUUGUCUGCAUUCCAAGCUUCUUCCGGCAAAUAUCCGGCGACCUCCGAAUUCUAUAUGGAUAUUGGCAUGGUGGACGCGGCUCGGCAUAGGGGCCCACCCGCUCUCCGCUUUCGAUGGGCAGUGCGCUGUUUGGAACUUCUUUCGCGGUAUCGUGAUUGCUGCUCUGUCGAGCUACUCCUCGAGGCGCACUCCAACGUGUUUGACCUCAUACCACAAGUCUUCGGUCUCUUCCAGUCCGCAGACCAGCGCUUCGCCGCUACAUCAAAGAUUGGGACGCCUGUGCACGAGGCUGUCCACCUCGCCAUCCGCGCAGGACGCCUGUCACAAGCCUUGGAUUGGCUUGAGUCAGGAAGGUUCCUCGUAUGGUCCCAGAUCAUCGCGCUGCGCCCACCUCUCGACGAGCUUUUGAAACAUGAUGCGGACUUAGCGAAUGAGUUCGGUUCCGUCUGCGACCAGCUUCGUAGGAUCGGCCACGGAGCGCACAUAAGCAUCGCUAGCUUCGAGGAUCCAGCAGACGCCAACCCGGACGUCCUUGCUGCAAAACGGCGGAAACUCUUACGAAUGCACGACAGCCUCCUGUUUCAAGUACGCGCCUGCCGAGGAUUUGAGGACUUCUUGUUCCCACAGACUCUCAAGGCACUUCUUGCUGAAAACAAACGACUUGGGACGGUCGUCUUCUUGAACGUUUCAGCGCAAAGCGACGCCCUCUGUCUUAAGGAAGGGCGCACUCAAAACCUACGUCAUCAUAUGACCGGCACGUGCAGUUCGCACGGCCGCGGCUACCGCGCCGUUUGCGCACCUUGCUCUCUCGUACUUGACAAACACUCGCCCCGGGGCCCGCUGCUGAGGGUCGAUACCACAUUUGUUUCGCGCCCUACAAUGGUGCGGUCAGCGCGGCAGCAGUGA